AAUUAACUGUGACCGGUUAUUUUCCCAAAUGUAUUGGGUUUAACGAUAUUUAAUAAUGUUUAAUCUUGCAAUGAUUUUUUUUAAUUUAGAAACUAAAAUCCAAGACUGAAAACUCGCAAAAGCGCUUCCGGUAAUCGCGGUUAAACCUCAGGGGCUGCGGGGUCACUUCCGCGUGCUCCUGCAGGGGUUGUGCGCGUGUGUUGUUGGGGAGAGGAGUCCGGGAGCUUCGAGUUUCAUACUGCUGUUGCAUUGCGGUGCCGGAUUGACUUUCGUUAGAAUGCAAUGUGCUUUGUUUGUGAAUUGGUUAUGUCGAAUGAUGCGAACUCUAAAAUUAACGUCUUUUGGAUAUUUAAGAUUAGCUUCUUAGUCGUAUAAUCCGACUAGGGUUUAAGUGUGUAAUAUGUUUUGCUUGUAAUCAGAACUGGUAUUGAUUACAUUUAUAUGCAUUUACUGAGCUUUUACCGCAGUCAGUUGCAACAAGUUAAAGACAGCGUUUAACUAACUGGUUCCGUAGAUAGUGUGAAUUGCUGUACUAAACUACUAGGUCUGGUAAGAGUCAAAGGUGGAUAAAAUGUUGGUUUAUGCUUAAAAACGCAGGGGCAUUUUAAAGAUGGCGCUCUUAUCGUUUUUUUUUAAUGAAUUCUGGAACGGUUUCUGACGGCUACUCAAUCUAACUCUUGUGUUCCAGUUAUAACCCGUCGUGAGUCGAGCGUCCUGGACACUGAACCAGUGAUUUAUUCCAGUUAACAGCAAAGCUGUGGACAACUACAGUCUCGGCAUGGCUCUAAGAUACAUAGGCUUAACCAGACACCAGCAGAACGCUGUCUUCUGACGGACUGGACACACAUGCCACUUAUGACAUGAGCGGGAUCAGCUGGUCUCCCUUUGGUCCACAGGUGGUGUGCAGUGGAGCUGGACCCCGAGGCCGCGGUGUGUUCUCGCACGCGCCUCUGCGGGCUCGUUGCGGUUGACCCGUGAGGCUGAGCCGGACGGCAUGCAGGAAGAUAAAGACAUCUCCAAAGUGACACUGUGUGUUGGACGCCUUUAGAUCGAAGGACACAUGGGAUUUGGUUUGUGAAGUACAUCAGGAAAGAUUUGCAAAAAUGUACUGUAUCACAACAUAUUUAAGAUGCAUGCAUAUCAAUUUUCACAUGACUGAAGUUUACAACCAAUAUUCAUUGGCUGUACGUGAAAUCAUUUGCAAGCAUGUUGUCUAUCUCUGUUGUAAUCUGUUACUCGAAUCUCUUGGUUUGCAUGGUGUAUUUGCACAUGGAACCAAAACUAGAAUCAUUCUUAAGAUAAGCCUGUAUUCUGUGAAUCUUGAAAAGACCCAUAUUAGGUCUUGUUAAACUAAUUAAAGUUGUUCCGAUAGGUAGCUGCCUCAGCAUGCGUAGGCUGCAAGGAACAUGUGAAGGUUUAUUCUGUCCUGAAGAGAAAAGAAACGCAAUGUUUCGGCUGUGGAGCCUUCUUCGGGUGUCUCUUCAGCACAGAAUAAACCUUUACAUGUUCAUUUUAAUAACUUAAGUCUGAAGUUGUAUGAGUUGCACCUCUGUAAGUUUUCAAGGUUAAGUUUAACAAGGUUUUUUAUUUUUGUUAAUAGGUGGAUACGGUUGUUCCUAGUGCUAGUGGAAAAAAUCAGAAUGAUGACAUCGGGGAAGGUUUAGUAGCAUUGAUAGUUUUGAUGUAGCCUUUUAUCAUGAUACAGUUGAAUUUAAAAUCAAUCUCUUGAUGAGGAACUCAGCCAGACAUUUCAGGGCUUUGUGUUUUGUAGUUGGCUGUAGAAUAGAAUAGACAAACCAGACAUGAUGGAUUUGCCUCAUAGUGGGUGUCCAUGUGUCAAAGCCUGAGUCCAGUCACAACUAGUGGUAAUUCAGGUACCUGAAUGCCACAGAAUUGGCUACAGGAGUGACCACCCAGACAGUAUGAAAUCACUUAAUUAGCUCAGAGGUAUACUAAUCACUAUAAAUAACUUGCAUCCCGACAGGACCAUGGUGUUGUACGUAUCAUCAGCACUGUAUAGUGCAUCAGUGAUCUUGUCAUGUUCUCCAGCAAGUCUUUGUUCACAGCUUUCUCCCGUGUUGGUUGGCCUUGAGUUUCACACCAGUACCAGAGAGUUACUGGCCCCCAGCAGUGGUUUCACAGGAGGGCUUUGGGCACGGAAGGGUCAUAGUCCGAGACUCUACAUUGACCUUCAUGUUUCUCAUCUUUUUGAUCACCUAUGGGUGCUGUGGGAUAUUUUAUUUACUAUCUCUUGUUUGUGUAUUUGCUGAUAUUAUGUCAUCUUUGAAAUUUGUGAAUAAAAGUCUUUUUUUUUUUUUUACCUUGGCCAGUUUAAGGAAUUAAAGCAUUAUUUAAUCAGUUAUAAUUAUACUGCUUAGUUUAUUCAUUUCACUGUAGUUUUUUCCAGAGUUUUUGUUCCGGUUCACAGGUUAUUAUCCUCCCAGUGGUUGUAAACCUUCUUAAUUUUAAUGUCAUCUGGUUGUCCUGAGCUGUGCUGUUGCUGAAUGUGUGCUUCUGGGUCCUAGACUUUGGGAUCUGACUUACAGCAUUAUAUAGCUUACAUCUGGUACAGCAUGUAUUUCAUUGCUUGAAAGUAGAUGUUAGCCCUUCUUAUAUAUAUAUCUCGCGCCAAAGGUAAGGCUUACAGCUUUCAAAUUAUAUUUCUCUCUUUCUGAUAAUUUAGCAACAGGGAUUCAAUGUAAUGCAAAUUUAAGCUCUAGUUUAAACAGUAUCCAUUUUUUUCCACUAAUGAACCCUAUAUUUGGACAACUACGCAACGCUUUUUGGUCCAGACUAUACCUCACGAUGUUACAGUUCCUGCAUUUUGUUGGGACUUGAAACACGGUCCUAAAAUCAACUACACUGCAAGGCGAUCGGUUGCUCUGCGGGUAUUGAUCUUGUCUGUACGACAGAAGUACAGUAGUGCGGUGUGCUUUGAUCUACUGGGCAUGCCUGCUGUUGGAAAUGUGGCGCUGUGCUCAGACCCGGGUCUGUGCUCAGCAGGGCAGGACACUCACUUCCUGCCCUUGCUCUCGGGUGGGCGAGAGCGACCGCGUUGCGCUGGGGAUUAUUUUCGGUCUGCGACACACCAAUCAUAGCGCAGUAUAGAUGUCCAGGUAGUAAGAUUCCCAGGCUGACUGACAGAGCAGGGCCUCCUGACAAGCUCUUGUGUGCAUUGCCAUGACCCAGCAGGAGUGGGAUGAGUUCGGAGAGAGCCUGGAGAGUGCCCAGGCCUGGAUGCAGGCUAUCCAGGAGAGGCUACAGAUCAGUGACAACACCCAGGGCCCCCGGACAGAGCUGGAAGCCAGGCUCAGAGAAACGGAGAGAAUAUAUGAGUCACAGCAUGAAGGCAGGAUGAAGAUGGACAGGGUACUGGUGGCAGGAGAGGCUCUUCUGCAGUGUGGGGAUGAAGACACAAAGCAGGAAACCUUCACCAAGCUGAAGGAAGUCAAAGACCUGUGGGAGGAAACAUACACAUAUAUCAUCCACUGUCACAGCCGUAUCGAGUGGGUGUGGCUGCACUGGAGUGAGUACCUAAAGGCUCUCGAGGAGUUCAGACAGUGGCUGGCAAAGACCAACAGUGCCCUGGAGUGCCAGCUGGAGCUGCAGCUGGGUGUCCAGGAGAAGCUGUGGCAGCUGGACCACCACAGGAUCCUGCUCAGCGACACUGAGAACCAGGCCCUUCUUCUGGAGAGGCUGAUGGAAGAGGCAGCUACCCUACACAGCCGCACCCAGGACCCCACUGUGGGAGAAGAGGUCCUGAAGGGCCUGAAGACCAGCUAUGAAGACAUCAGAACCAGAUCUCAGGAAAGAGUGCUGCUACUUACCAAAGUAGUAGAACAGCACCAGCUCUAUCAAAGCCUGGCAGAAAAGUUUCGGAUGUGGCUGUUAUCUAAGUGUGAAGAACUCAGCUGCUACAAUGAAAAGACAAAGGAUGGGACAGAAGAAAAGCUUAAGGAACUGGAGGAGCUUUACAGAAGUGUCAACAGGGAAGAGAAAACUGUGCAAGAGAUCGAAACGUUAGCUGAGUCUGUGCAGGCCAACACUUCUCCCCAGGGCUCCAGGAGGAUCGCCGAAGAGGUGGAGGACCUGCGCCAGUCCUGGGAGAGGCUACUGCAGAGCUGUGUCCAUAAGCAGGAGAGAGCGAAGGUCACCCUGCAGUCGCAGGCAGAGCACAUGGCCAUGGCCAGCCAGCUUAGAGAGAACAUCGCAGAGCUCUGGAAUCGGGUGCUGGAACUCAGUCGGCAACUGGAAGCGCAGGAUGGUGAAAGAUCCGAAGAGCAGAUGAUGGUCACGUGGAGAAGAUAUAUGGCCACCAGGAUGGCUCUGGCGGAGGAGGAGUCCAGUAUUGAAAGGCUGAAGGCCCAGCUGAAGGGGUUGUUCAGGCUCUCCCAAGACACAAAACCCCUGUCUGAUGAAGUCCUGGCUGUGGUGAAGGAAUAUCAAAGCGUGAAGAGCAAGGCGUUCCGACUGUCCAUGGAGAUGGAGGCCAGCCUGAGGCGCGUUCUCCAGGACCCUCUCCGGGACUUUAGUCAGUGGAGUCCCUCGGUGACCAGAACCCUGGAUGCAUCCGCAGAUGUUGCUGACAGCUCUCUUAUCAGUGUGCACUUGCGGAACAUUGAGGAGCUGUUGUUACAAAGCAGCCUGCUCCAGCAGCAGCUGCAUCUCCUGCACAGUAAGCAAGACUUGCUGAGUAGUGUCUUCAGUGAAGAGAAGGCAGACAGCCUGCGACUGGAGCUCAGUGAGGCUGUGAAGGAGAGAGAGCAUCUUCACAGUAAACUCCUUCAGAGAAAGAGCAAGCUUCAGGGUUUAAUGUUGAGAACAAAAGAUAUUGAUGAUGUUUAUGGGAUAAUUCUGCAAAAGCAGGCUGAUAUCAGAGUAAGACUUGCUAUUGGAGAUGAGCUGCAGCCUGAUGUACAGGCCAAAACAAGACAACACAACCAGUUACAGGCAAUCCAAGAGGAUUUAGAAGACGUCAAAACACAUAUUGAAGCAUUAAAAAGUCAGUCUUCCUCAAACCCAAGUGACAAAAACAAGAUCAGCCAGUUUUUAGCGGAAAACAAGGCUCUUUCUAUAGCUCUGCAGGAUAGGAUUUUAGCAAGUAGGCAAAAUAUUUGGGAGCAUAAAAAUUUCCAUGAGAAUCUACGGAGUCUAGAAAAGUGGUUGAUGAUAACCAGGCAGAAACUGGAGUCGCACGGCAACACGGAGGAGCACUGGAGUGCUGACCACCACAGAGCCGAAACAGAGAAAGUCCUUGCUGAAUUCCCCGAGAGGGAGAUUGAGCUCCACCACCUUGAGGCACAAGGAGAAUCUGUUCUAGCAAAGACCUCGCCUGCCGGCAGAGAGCUCAUCUGGAGUAAUCUGGAGCGGCUGAAGGAAUCCUGGAAAAUCCUCCACACACUGAGCAUGACCCCCAGCAGGCAGGACGGCUCUGCUUCUUCUCUGAGAAUAAGUGAUUUGCUUGCACCUGCAAGAAGAGUGGCUCCGGAGAGAGAGAGCCCUGAUGGAGCAAGGCCAAUAGAUCAGAAGUAUCUUUCAGCUCCAUCAACUUCAAACAAUGGCCGAGAGGAGGUCUCACAAGAAACCCCAAGGAAUGUUGACUUUAUUAAACUACAGAAAAAGUUUGAAGAAUGGUUGCAGGGUGAAAACCAUAAACUAACCAGGAUUUUAAGUCGAAGAGGUUUUUUGAGUGGUAAAGAAUUGAAAAUCAGGCAAAAAGGUCUUAAGGAUUUGCAUUCUCAUAUCGCUCAUGGGCAAAGCCUCUUCCAGCAGCUAAUGACGUCCUCGGGCAGCAGAGGUGUGGGGGACGCAGAGCUGGAGGAGCUGCGGUAUCGCUGGAUGCUCUACAAGUCAAAACUGAAAGAUUCACGAAACUUGACAGCAAGUGUCGGGCCCAAGGACGUUGGUGCUCUUGAUGAACCGAUCAGCAUUCAAAAGAAGCGCUCUGGGUUCUUGUACAGGGUGUGCUGUGUUGCCCUACCCCUGCAGCUCCUGCUCCUUUGCCUGCUCCUGCUGGCGUUCCUGCUGCCCUGGGGCGACGAAACUGCCAGCAGCUGCUCCCUGGCCAACAACUUUGCCCGAUCAUUCAACUUGAUGCUGAGAUAUGAAGGACCUCCUCCAACAUAAGGGAGUAUCACAGUCAUGGCUGAUGUCCAAACAUUAUGCACUGAUCUUAGAUAAAGCGGCCAGUUAGAACAUAGAAAAAUUAUUUCAUAUUUGUAUUUCAUAUUUUAAUUUUUCUUCUGAAAACUACAUUAGUCAUGAAGCCAGAUAUGUACUGUUAUAUGCAUAAGCAGCACUCAGUUAAUGGAACUGAGCAAUAGGCGACCUGCACUUCAUGUAUGUUUUGGUCUUUCCUGAUAAAGCAAAUCAUGUGUGCUGCAAGCUGACUGCUGACAAGAACAGGGUUCACGAGUACUGAAUACAACAUUUAUAACUAAAACCACAGUAGAGGCCACAUUCUCUGGCUUAGCUGUAAGAACAGCUACAUUACAGAACAUAGCUGUAAUGUUCACACUUUUUCUAUACACAACAAAAUUGAAAUGCUAAUUUCAGAGAAGUUGAUACUUAGAAUGUACAGAAAUACAACUUUUUGUUAUUUUGAUCUUUAGCUGUGCUGUUGAUAUGCUAUGCUAUGGAUAAGAAAACCCAUAUGCAAUAUUCAGAGAACUAAUGAAGUACAGUAUUUACGUCCUUGUGAUAAGUAACCAUGACAAUUUUACUUAUUUAAGCAACAUAAUAUUCUAACUAUAUUACAUUCAUUGAUUUUUUUUUUAUUUUGGUAUCUUUGAUGGAGUAUUCAUUGAUCAUAUGUAUCUUUGACACUGUGUCAAAGUGAAUAAAUUACAAAGUGAAUUGCACAGGAUAAGCUAUAGUCCCAAAGAACGUACUCCUACUUUUAAUGAGUUAGAACAAGCAGAGCUGAUUCAUAAAUGAGCAACACACAGCAUGCUUCAUGACUAAUGUCAUAUUGAAACAUAUGCAUAAGUAACUGUAUACAUGUGAUAUGCCUUUAAAUCGUUUGCUAAACUGUUCUCCCACAUAGGUGGGAUAAAUGAAAUCGACAUUAUUUUAAUUUUUAUGUUUUUUUAUUAUUUUACAUUUCACUUUGUAUUCUUAUCAUUCUAAACAUUGUCAGAAAGACCAGAUGAAGGCAUUGCUUUGUGUUUUAUAUCUUAAUAUCCUUUAUAAUUUUAUAAGUUUAUCUUGAAAAGUAUUUACUUUACAUUCACCAAGAGAAAUAUUAUUUUUGAAAACAUUAUGUCAUGAAACGCUCCUGGUAGUAACGCAUCUCCUAGAUGUAUUUUGUUUGUUGUUGUAUAGAAGUGAAGGUCUUUGUGUAAUCUGUUCUUGACUAAGGUACUGUAUAAGUAUAGUUAUGAGAAAAAAAUAACGAAAGAAUUUCCUUUGUGACCAAUUUUUAUGAGGCCUUUUGAUAUUUCUCCCCAUGUUCUAUAGCCCAGCUUGUCAUGAUAAUUACUGGGAUAACUUAAAUGUUUCAGGUGAUGGUGUUGUACAGGGAAAAGAAGAUGCAAUAAUCCUUAACUCUAUUUAUUUAUUCUGCCGCUUCCUGUAGUAUCUGGAUAUUUUAACCGUUUGGGGAAACUGAGUCUCCAGUACUGGUUUCAACAAAUAAUUAUUUGUCUUGGAGAAACAAGUCAUUACAAAUGUAUCAGUUCUCCUGUAAUGUGGUUAUUGAAGGGUGGUGGUAGUCAAGGGAAAUUCAAGAAUUUGAAUUGUUGAAUUUGAUAAAAUUCACUCGAUAGAGCUUUCUAUUGUAUAAAAAUGACUGCAGUAUAUCUAAUGCAGGAGGUAUUACUUUUUUUCUGCAAAGAUGGGUUUUAGUGACAAAUGAACUUCAGACCUCUGUUGACUUUUUUCCCCUCAUGUGACAAUUGCCUGUCUUGUUGUCACCACCAUUAACUACAGUCAUUCUUGUUCUUUCAUGCUCUUCUUCCUCAUUUACUGUCUUGUUCAUUAUCAAUUUCUGCAUGGAGCUUUAUGAAAAUAUUAAAUAUAGUUGUACCUUAGUUCAGGUAGUUCUGCAGAGCUUACACGAUAUACAGCACUGUAAUAGUUUGUCUAACGCGAUAAUUCAUAUUUAUUUAACAGAUCCAUUUUUAAGGAAAAUCUGUUGUUACUCUCAUGAAGAAUUGCAUAUGUGUAUUACUGCAGUUUGUUCUGUGUAAUCAUUUUGAUUUGAUAUUCAUGGAAACAACUUCUUACUAACUUCACUAGGGAUUUGUUAAGUAAAUGCUCCUAUAUGAAGAACUGCUGUUGAAAACUGUGGAUUAUGGAGUAAGCCAUGUUUUUAGAGAAUGGAUAUUCUGUACCAGUGUCUGUAGAUAUUGGUGAUACAUGUUUACCAUGACAUGAAUAUAUAUGUCAUUAUUCGCACAAUCAAGGAGUUUCAAAAUGUAAUUCUUUUGUCAAAUAUUAUAUUUUACUAUUCUAUAAACUAAAAACUGAAGCACUGUUAGCAGAACACUUUUAAAAAUGUAUAACCAGAAUAUGUAUUUAACUAGUAUUUUUAUAUGAUACUUUCAAAGAUAAUAAAUAUGCAAUAUGUGUGUAUAAACCCAGACUGCUUCAAUUUAAUGAUGGUGUGCCACAAAUAUUUGCCUGUUGUUUCAGCUGUCAUGAAUGUCUCAUGAAUUUAAUGUACUAAGGGAAGGUCAUGCUUGAAUGCAGAUGAGUUCCUCUUCUGUGGUUGCUUGUCUGUUUUACUAUGGUAGUAAAUUAUUAAGUGAAAGAGAAGCACUUUAAAGGUGCUUCUGCUUGACCAUGAAACAUGUAUGUUCUGAUCGUCUUGCUCAGGAAUAGUCACCUCAUUCAGUUCAAUGGAAAGAGGAGUUUUAAAAACAAAACAAGAAUAAAACAAGUCUGACAGGGUGACGUU